GGUGUCCACUGAGCACUUCUUGGAUCAACAGCCCCCCGCCCCCGGGGUCGGGCAGGGGGUCUGGGGCAGGGCUGCAGCAGCUCCAGCAGCGGCUUGGGAAGGCCUCCUUGGGCUGGGAGGAGCUAAAGAGGCCCCUGCCAGCCUGUCACAGGCUCUUGGCACUGGCACUGGCUCUGGCUUACACACACACACACACACACACACACGUGUGCACACACUGGCAAGCACCCCCUUGGUGGCCUCCACGGUCUCACUUUCAGGCUCACAGCUGGAUCCGUGGGGACACAGUGACAUGAGAGGCACACCACAGACCCACCUCCUGGCCUUCUCCCUCCUCUGCCUCCUCUCCAAGGUGUGUGCCCAGCUGUGUCCAACACCAUGUACUUGUCCCUGGCCACCACCCCGAUGCCCACUGGGGGUGCCCCUGGUGCUGGACGGCUGCAACUGCUGCCGGGUAUGUGCACGGCGGCUGGGGGAGCCCUGCGACCAUCUCCACGUCUGCGACCCCAGCCAGGGGCUGGUGUGCCAGCUCGGGGCGGGCCCUGGCGGCCAGGGGGCCGUGUGCCUCUGGGGAGAGGAUGACGGCAGCUGUGAGGUGAAUGGCCGCCUCUACCGGGAUGGGGAGACCUUCCAGCCCCACUGCAGGAUCCGCUGCCGCUGCGAGGACGGCGGCUUCACCUGUGUGCCCCUGUGCAGCGAGGACGUGCGGCUGCCCACUUGGGACUGUCCCCACCCCAAGAGGGUGGAAGUCCCGGGCAAGUGCUGCCCCGAGUGGGUGUGCGACCAGCGAGGGGGGCUGGGGGUCCAGCCCCUCCCAGCCCAAGGACCCCAGUUUUCUGGUCUUAUCGCUCCCCCAGCCCCUGGUGUCUCCUGCCCAGAAUGGAGCACGGCCUGGGGCCCCUGCUCAACCACCUGUGGGCUGGGCGUGGCCACCCGGGUGUCCAACCAGAAUCACUUCUGCCGCCUGGAGACCCAGCGCCGCCUGUGCCUACUUAGGCCCUGCCCACCCGCUAGGGGCCACAGCCCACGGAACCGUGCCACUUAGAGCCGGACUGAGAAUGGACACUCGGUGUCACCCGCCCAGCAGGCAACCAGGGUGCAGGAAACAGUCCAGCUUGGGUCCACCACCCAGGCCCUGGAGGACAAGAGUGUUUCCAAGUCAGCUGGCCCAUCUGGACCCUGAGAUACAGCAGGAUGCAUGCCCUCAUCCCCCUUUCUCUAACUCACAGCCUGGGAGAACGGCCAGGGUUCUUCUGGUCCAUUCACAGCCUUUAUCAAUGAUGCACACGGGCUAGCUUUCCAGAGAUGGGGCCACCAUCUCUCCCUUAAUCAUUAGACUAAGGCAGGUGCUGGGCUGCACGGACUGUUUUUCUGGGAGUGUGAUGAAGAGGGGCACCGAUGUUCUCAGUAUCCUGCUUCCUUUCCUGGAGCCAUAUAAGAACAUCCCUGAAUAUGUGCCUAUGUGUCAGGCUUGUGCUGUCUGAGAAAGCCCUCCCUCCCCACCCUGGGCAGAAUUCAGGGGCUGAAUUCUUUGUGAAAAUCACAAGGUGAAAUCACACUGUCUUGAAGAAAGUCAGAAAACAGGCCUUAAACUGACCCAUUAAACCCAACUUGUAUUAGUAAGAAUUAACCUUUUUUGAGACCCUGCAAUGCGCCAGGCCAAGAUAGGCACUUUAUACAGGUCGGUGCUUGGAAACAUUUUUGACUAGAGAAAAGUAGGGGAGGAUGAAAACAACCUCCUAUAGACAUGGGAACAUGGCCUGAAAUAAACCAGCCCACAUGUGAAAUUC